AUGGAAUCACCAUUAAACACCACUUUGGGGGCACGUUUAAGUGCUUAUUUGGUCACUGCAGCAGAUUAUAAACGUCAAAGAAAUAGAACCAAUAAAAAAUUAUUAAAAUUGCGUCAUGACUUGAAUAUUAUCACUAAAGAUACUAAGAAUUAUAAACCACCAACUAUAACAUCAGAACAAUAUCAAGAUAAUAACAAGUAUGGUUUGAUUGAAUUAUAUCUAGCUGAAAGGGACGUAUUAUAUGCUCAUGAAAUUAAAGCGAAAUUAGAUGUAAAUAAUGAUAAAUCUUCAUCUUAUGCCACUUUAUUAAAAACUAAAUUAAAAAGAGCUUUGAGUCAUGCUGAUAAUUUAAUUAAAUUGACUGAAAAAAGUUCAGCUCAAAUACGUAUUGAAGUUUACAUUUAUGCUUCAUUAAUUGCAGGACAAUUAUCUAUAAAUACUAAAAAAUGGAACAAAGCAUUAAAUGCAUAUUCAAUUGCAAGAUGUUGUUUAGAUUAUUUGAAAACUAAACCUGAAAAUCUUGAUUUAAGUAAAGAACUUAUUGAAAAUACAGUUGAUCCAUCCUUAAAUUUAGCUGCUUCUCAAUUAAAUUUAGGAAAUGAUUUAAAAUCAAUUUCGAGAAAAUACUGUCGUGAAUCUAAUUUCCCUAGUAUCUCACCAGCACUAAAUCUAAUUGAUCCAAGUUUCACUAAUGAAAUACCUACCACACAAUUACAAAAAGAAAUUGAAUGGAGAGGUCAUACUGCAGAGAUAUAUAAUGAUGAAGUAGCUUAUAAAAUUCAAGAACUUACAAACAACAAAGAAUGGCUUAAAUCAAAUGAUACAAAUCAAUUUGAUCAUAUAAUUGCAGCAUGGAUUGAAAUUUUAGAAUUACAUAAACAAGAUUCUGAAAAGAAUCAAGAUGAUGAUGAUUUAGAUCAAGUUCAAAAUAGAGCUAUAUUAUUAACUUAUUUAAAUUAUAAUUUACUUUUCACAAAAUUAAAAAGAGAUUUAUUAUUAAUUGGGCAAUUAAUUACAAAAGAUGAAUUUGAAGAAAAAAGAGAUAUAAUAAAAUUAUAUUCAGGUAUUAUAAAUUUAGUAUCUGAAUUGAAUGAAUUACCUGGUGUUUAUAAUGAUGAAGAUUUAAGUUCUUCAUUACAUAAUUUGAAACAAUAUUUUGAAUUUCAAAAGGAUACAGUUAUUGCUGAAGCUUAUUCAUAUAAUAGUAAAUAUGCCGAAAGUUUGAAAAUUUAUACCUACAUCAAUGACAAUUUACAAGAUGUUCGAGAAUAUUAUAAAGUUGAUUUCCCAUUUGAUGUAAGUACAAAAGAAGAAGUUGCAUUUUUUAAAGUACAUCUUAAAAAAAGAAUAUUACAAGCUCAAAUUAGUUCACAAUUUGAAGCAAAUAAAAAAUCUGCUUGUACAAAAUAUGCUAUUGAAAAUUUAAAUAAAUAUCCUGAAGGAAUUAAUAUUUUUAAUCUUGAUGAAAUUAGACCAAUAAUAUGUAAACCAGUACUUUUUGAUAUUGCUUUUAAUUAUAUAAAUUAUGAUGGUGAAAUAAAGACACCAAUCGAAAAACAACCAGUUAAACCAACUCCAAAUGAUGAAGCAGAAAUUAAAAAGAGUAGAUUUUUUAGUUUAUUUAGUAAAUAA